AGAACAAACGACAAACAGCAGAAGGAAAAAUACGUAAACCACUCUUGCCCUCCUUCGGCCUGCCCUCAGUCUCCGGCCGCCACCACCAUCAUCCUCUCUUGCUGCUGCCUCUCCGAUCGUCACGGUUUUACCAUAUCCCAUCCCUCUAUUUUCACUAGAAGAAGGAAAUCAUAGGAUAAAAAUGGAAGCUUUUCUGCAGAUUAUCUGAGGAAGCAGUUGAAGCAUUUGAUUCUUUACUUGGUUUUUAGUUAGUGGACUGAAGCUCCUAUCCAAGAAAACCCAAACCAUAGAAAAGCUUGUAUUAGCUACAAGGAAAUGAGCUUCGGGAGCUUGAAGAGCGUACUGGCUGAAGCAGCCAUCAAAGGUGUGACUGAGGCAAGAGCUAGAAUAUUUGGGCAUAUACUUAACCCAACCGGGCAGAGAUCGGCUCACAAGAUUUUGCGCAAGAAGCUAAUUGGUGAGAAGGUUUCGCAAUGGUACCCUCACGACAUCAGGCACGACGACCCUCUUGUCAUGGCCCAACAGGAGCAAGAGCGCCUGGACAAGCUUGAGAUGUUAAAACGUCGUGGAAAAGGACCACCGAAGAAGGGUCAAGGAAAGAAAGCUGCAAAGCGCAACAAAGUCAGCACCCCUGGGAAAUAGUGACUUUGUCUUGGAGUUGAAUGUGUUCCAAGGAAAAUUUAGACUAAUAGCAUUGGAAAAAUGGGUACCUAUUGAUGGUUGUCCAGUCAUAUUCUGAGCUACUAUGUUGAUAUUGCCACAAGUUUUUUUGGGCUGACUUCAAUGACAAUGGGUACGAUCUUCAGGAUAUUGUAGAAUUAUCUUUUUUGGUCUAUAGUUCCAUUCUCUUCAUUUUUCUU